AAAAGAUACCACCGAAAUUGUCAAAAUUAAAUAAUCGCACACUCGUCGCAGUACUAGUACCAACCCCCUCCUCCUCCGUCUUCCACCCCGCCGCUCGAAUCCUCGCGGUAAUGGACGCGCAGUACAACCCCAGGACGGUGGAGGAGGUGUUCCGGGACUACAAGGGCCGCCGCAACGGCCUCGCCCGCGCGCUCACCGUCGAUGUCGAGGAUUUCUUCCGGCAAUGCGACCCGGAAAAAGAAAAUCUGUGCCUUUAUGGGUUUCCCAAUGAGCAUUGGGAAGUAAAUUUACCUGCUGAAGAAGUGCCGCCUGAGCUCCCAGAGCCAGCAUUGGGCAUUAACUUUGCACGAGAUGGAAUGCAGGAAAAAGAUUGGCUAUCCAUGGUUGCUGUGCACAGCGACGCAUGGUUACUUUCUGUUGCAUUUUACUUUGGUGCUCGAUUUGGAUUUGAUAAAAAUGACAGGAAGCGCCUGUUUGGUAUGAUUAAUGAUCUUCCCACUAUUUUUGAUGUUGUUAGUGGGAAGAGUAAAACAAAGGCACCGAGCAAUAAUAAUCACAGCAAUAGCAAAUCCAAGUCCAGCAAUAAAAUGCAGAAAACAUCUGAGCCUCGGGCAAAGCAGCCCAAGCCUCAGCCGAAGGAGGAAGACCGCGAGGAUGAAGCCCCAGAUGCUGGCCAGGAUGGUGGCGCCAUUGCCGGUGGUGGUGACGAGCACGGGGAGACGCUUUGUGGAGCUUGUGGGGACAAUUAUGGCACGGAUGAGUUCUGGAUCGGCUGUGACAUGUGCGAGAGGUGGUUCCAUGGCAAGUGCGUCAAGAUCACGCCGGCCAAGGCGGAGCACAUCAAGCAGUACAAGUGCCCUUCUUGCACGGGCACCAACGGCAGUGGCAGCAACAAGCGGGCACGCCUGUCUUCCUAAGAUCUCUGCCGCCGUUGUGGUCAGGUGGCGGCGAGGCAGCAUGCCUCGCCGCAUAGUAGGACUGAGCAGUAAUCUUAUUGCAGUCGCUGUAACAAACUUGAAAGCGUCAAGUUGGCGUGAGCCCUGCCCUUAUGAGGGCUAGGCUACCUGUACAAUGUAACUUAAUUUGGAUUGCAGUAGAUGGUUUUAUUUUAGCUGGGUUAAAUGUGGAUUUGAUACCUGCUGUACUAAGUUAAGAGUUCGGUGAUGAUUUCGUAGAUCUGCCUAAUGUUUCUCUGAAA